AUGGAAAGUAUUUUUGAGUUUCAGGGUAAUCCCAUUCGUGCCCUCACCGAAUCAAUCUCAUUCGGGAGAUUUAUGUCAGAAUCUUUGGCUUGGGAAAAGUGGUCAACCUUUAGUCACAAUCGCUACUUAGAAGAAGUUGAGCAAUUUUCCAAGCCAGGUUCCGUUGCCCAGAAGAAAGCAUAUUUUGAGGCUCAUUACAAGAAGAGGGCUGCCAUGAAAGCAGCAGCCUUGCUUGAGCAAGCAAACACUGCAUCUAACAGCGCUUCUGAAGUAGAAGCUGCAGACGAGGCUCCCAGCACCUCUCGUGUUAAUUUGGAAUUUUCCAAAGCAACCAAUGAUAUGAUCAUCAAUGAACAAGAUGAGGGGGUGGAAGGAGAUGAAGAGAAAGGAGAAAAAAAUGUUGAGGUGGAAAACUCUAUUCAGUUGGCAAAUUCAAAACAGAUUGAAAAUGCUGAAGAGUGUGACAUUACUGUGGCCAUGCCACAAGAGAAAAUGCCCGAAAAGGUAAGUUGUCAUUCCAAUCAGGAAACUGCUGAAAAAGAGAAUGUAGCUUUACCAAAUAAUAAAAGGCAAACGAGUUCUUCAUCAAAAUCAUCAAGUCAGAGUAGAGCAUCGAAUCUGCCAAAGUCUUCUGCCAAAAUGUCAAGUUCCACAAGACUAAGAGCUGAAACUAAUGCUACUCCAAACAGUAAGAAGUCUGCCGGAGAACUGGUGGAUAAAAAGAGAGUAACUCCAAAAUCUAUCUAUAUGUCAAUCAAUUUUGCUUCUAGUUUGCAAGACAGCAGCAAUAAAAGUUCUCACAGAGUAUCUAAAGACAGAUCCACUAUUCCAGAUAAUCCAACCAGGGGAUCUGUCCAUGGUGUAUCAAAGCUUCUUCCUUCAAUAUUUCGGCAUUCACAAGAUAGAAGAACUAAUUCAGAGCUCAACAAGUCAGUUUCAGGAAAAAUUACAGUGGGUGGAAUAUCCGAGACCCUCUCUUCAGAUAUUACAGCUCCUCGAAAUCUUCAAGUGCAAAAGGAAGCAAAUCUCGACCUCCACUUAUAUCCUCUCCAUUUAGCUUUAGAAAAGCUAGGAGAGAAAAACAAUGCAAAGGAGGGCACAGAACAAAAGCAUCUGCAAGCAAGACCUAAGGAGAAGGCAGAGUAUGACCUUAAGAAACUAAGGCAGAGUGCUGUCUUCAGAGGUAAAGCAAGUCAUGACUUGCAUCGGGGACUACAGUCUCCAAACAAUUCAAUGAAGAAGGUUCGUCUUGUAUUUAUAUUCAUGACUUCUCUAUGGAAUGAUGUUGACUUCACAGUGAAUGGGGCGCGUAUCAAGCUGCUAAAAUUUGCUAUCUAUCAUGUUUUGCAGAUCCCGUUGACACGACCUCGAUCGCCGAAACUUGGAAGGAAAUCAACCCCCAAUGUGACACGGGAAGCAAGUCUUCAACUUCAUCAAAGACCUUCAGUUAAUGCCGAAAACUCCAAGGCUGUUAUACAGAAAAGUAACCAUAGCUCAACUCGCUCAGUCACACUGCUACCAAAGAAGAAAGCACAUGAGAAUGCUUCUCCAAAUAUCCAGCGGUUUGGCAAUAGAAUAGAAGGCCUUGUUCGUUCCUUCCAUGUUGAUAGUGCUGUAAAUGGAGUUAGCUUUACAUUAAUCAAGCAUAGAACGGACACAGCCAUUCCAGUUAAAGCAUCAAUUCGAUGUGCGAAGAUCAGAUUUCAACUCCCAGCAGCUAAUUGCAGCAUACGGCACAGAGUAAUGCAGGUACCAGUUGAGACAGACAUGAAAGGGAAGCUUAUUAUGCUUAAUGUUUGUCAUCACUCCUAUUAUACAUGUUUUCAACAUCCAAGACCAGAUGGAAAAGAUAAUAUCCCAACCCAGAGUUGA